AUGCAGAGGCCAGCACUCAAGAAUCUGCUCGCAACACGCAAAGCACUACCAUCACAGUGCAACCUGCUUCGUCAAAGGAAGUCUUUGCAACGCUGCAAUUAUGCCACAGCCGCAGGCCUUGAUAUCAAUCCUAUCUCUGGCGCACUAGGAGCCGAGAUCCUGAACGUCGACCUCUCCUCACCUCUUUCCAAAGAGACCACACACACUAUUCGCAAAGCCUUAUUAGACCAUCUUGUAAUCUUCUUCCGGAGCCAAAACCUAUCACCAUCCAGCUACUUGAAAUUCACGUCUCAAUUUGGCAAACCCGUCGAGUAUCCAUUCGUUAAAGGUAUCGAAGGUCAUCCAGAGGUCAUUAAUGUGCUCAAGCGAGAACACGAGGUAACAAACUUUGGAGGUGUUUGGCAUAGCGACACAAGCUAUCAGUCUGUUCCCCCUCUUGGCUCUGUGCUGCUGGCUCUUGAAGUACCGCCCUAUGGCGGCGACACUCUUUUCGCAAAUCAAUAUCUUGCAUACGAAGCUCUCUCGCCGAGUCUCAAACAGACAUUAUCCACUUUGAAAGGCGUCAGUACCUCUUCAAAAGCAGAUGCAAGCAAGACGAGAGAGGAUCGGGUCAAAGACUCUGGCCACAAGACAGAAGUCUUAGAGGCGGUUCAUCCUGUUGUGAGGACCCAUCCGGAGACUGGACGUCAGUCACUAUACAUCAAUGUCGCACACACUAGCCGUUUCGAGGGUUGGACCGAGGACGAGUCAGCCCCAUUGCUUCAAUAUCUGUUCCAGCACCAGAUAAAACCGGAGUUCACUUGUCGUUUCCGUUGGGAAGUCGGCAGCAUUGCCUUCUGGGACAACAGGUGUGCUUUACACAAUCCCAUCAACGACUACCACGGGUAUCGCAGAAGCAUGUGGAGAAUCACGCUAGCAGGAGAUAGCCCACGAUGA